AUGACACCAAUUAUUGACAAAUCCAAAACUCUGGCUCAGGAAUAUUUUUUGAAGGAGAAUGAGGAGAAAUUAGAUAAAGGUUCGAGUAUUGUGGAAGUCAAAGAUGUUGUUGGUAAUCAAGAGGCAGCAGAAGAAAAACCACAAAUUAAGCUUGAGACUGCUCCAGCAGAUUUUCGUUUUCCAACUACAAACCAAACGCGGCAUUGCUUUACCCGUUACAUUGAAUACCACCGAUGUGUAGCUGCAAAAGGAGAAGGAGCCCCAGAAUGUGAUAAGUUUGCAAAAUAUUACCGUUCUCUAUGCCCCGGUGAAUGGGUUGACAGAUGGAAUGAGCAAAGGGAAAAUGGAACAUUUCCAGGACCGCUUUAA